AUGAGCUGCCUGUUCACCGGUUCCAACCCCACUACAGUCACGAUUCUGGGCUUAGGUUACUCUGGAAAAACGACGCUGCUUUACUUGCUGAAAACAGGACAAAUCGUCCAGACAAUUCCAACCAUCGGGUUCAACGUGGAGACAUUGAAUGCUGUUACCACCAAAGGAAAAUCUUUCUGUAUCACUGCAUGGGAUGUCGGUACCGGGUGUGGGAUCAGAUACCUAUCUGGCGUUCUGCACCACUACGUCAACUGUGGCAAGGCCUUGAUUUGGAUGGUCGAUGCCUCGGACCCCAACUGUUUACCUGAAAGCGUAGAAGCAUUGAAGGAGAUAUUACUCUCUUCGUCCAGGGCGAGAGAGGAUACGGCAGACAAAAAAGAACUGCCGAUCUUGAUUCUUGUGAACAAGUCCGACCUGCCUAAAGCAAUGAGCCUUGAUUAUGUUCGGAUAGCUUUUUCAAAGAUAACUUCUGGAAAAAUUGCCGCCGUUUUCAAGACCUCACUCACAGAAGUCCAAACGGGCCUACCAGAAGCGUUUGAAUGGCUCCAGCUCGCAAUCGAAAUAGCUGAAUCCGGGAAACAGAUGAAGAAUUUGCCGGAACCAUUGACAGCAGCGCCGAACCCUAGGUCACCUAGCACUCUGGCCAAUAAGCUGGAAUCCUGGUUGACCAGAAACGAAACCGACUGCUCGCCCGACACUUUUUUGAAUUUGUUCAAUUCUUUCAGCUUGCCACAGUGGGACCAUUACACGCAUAUUCGAAUUGCAUAUGUGAUUCUCACAAAGUAUGGUCGUAAAGAAGCAAAGGAUCUUAUCUUUACAGGCCUCGAAAAAUAUAUUUCCGUCAGCCCACAGACAAAAGGACGGUCGUUCCACGUCACGAUGACUUACUUUUGGAUACAGAUUGUCCAUUUUGGGAUCCGAAAUAUGCCUGUAUUAACGACAUCAGAAGGUCCCGCAAGCUCUCAGACUUCAGUUUCAAGCCAACCAGGGUCCGAAGAUUUUGCGCGUUUCUUGCUCAUCAAUCCCUACGUCGCGGACGGUAACCUGUGGUUGGAUUAUUACGCCAAAGAUACCAUGAUGAGCCCGAAAGCUAAAGCCGAGAUGGUGUUACCAGACAUGAAGCCUCUACCGAACCUCGUUGUCCGAGAUGCCAUACAGACUUUCGGCGCUAAAUAG